UAAAGUGUGUGUGUGGUAGUCUGGUUUAAGCUCUUAGAGCUGCUUUGGAACAUGUUUGGAGCUAUGCUCUCUAGCGAGCCGAGCUGAAACGACGCAUUCCAUCACAGAUUAGAGAACUAUGGCUUGUACUCUUACUCAGGUAGCGCAUUUGUGGCCCUCUACUUCACAAGUAUCGAGAUUCAACACAAUCUUUGCUGAGGCAGAUAAGUGUCACAAAUGCUUCACGAGGAUAAUUGCGAGCCAUGCAGUCCGUGCAGCCUUACCCGGUGGCCUCGGUGGUGGCGUUCUCGACAAGCCUGCGAUUGAAACGGCCCCGACCCCAGGCCGUGAAUCAGAGUUCGACCUCCGGAAGAAGAAGAAGAUGGCUCCUCCCUACCGGGUCAUUCUCCACAACGACAACUUCAACCGGCGGGAGUACGUCGUCCAGGUGCUGAUGAAGGUGAUCCCGGGGAUGACUCUGGACAACGCGGUGAACAUAAUGCAAGAAGCGCACCACAACGGGCUGUCCGUAGUCAUAGUUUGCUCCCAGGAGGACGCGGAAGAGCACUGCACGCAGCUCAGAGCCAAUGGCCUGUUGAGCUCCAUAGAGCCGGCGAGCGGUGGAAGCUGCUGAACAGGAAAAAAAGGUUUUUGGAGGACUGGUGAUGGUGCUGCUGUACAUGGGGGACGGACGGGAACGCUUUUAGGCUGGUGUCUGUACAAUGGAUUCAGAGGCUAGAUUGCUACUCAAAUUAGAAGAACAGAGAAUAGAGAGAUCGCACGCAUCAGUACCAACGGGGGACUCGAAGAACAGGCCGAUAGGAUAGCGAGGUCGUGAAAGGUUGUCUGGGAGGGAAGGAGACAAGGCUUAUCAUUCUUAUCUUUUGGGUGUCUAGCUUGUCCGUGCUUGUCCUUGGCUGACCAAGACGUUAAGAUGUUUGCUUGAUGGUUUGUUUUUGCAGCUGUAGGCCGGGCAUGCACGUACCGGAGAGGACGAUACCAAUGUCAUCAUCGUGCUAAAUCGCAGCGACGCGAAGGGAAUUUUCCUGCUGUUGGAGCUACAGGGCCUGUCAAGGUCGGUAUUGUGGAGCAUCUUUUUUUUCUUGUACAGGCAGUCCCCGACAAGGCGAGCUGCUCGAAUCGGGAACGAUCGUCAAAACGGUACAAAAGGAUUUUGCUGCUUUAGGGGAGUGGAUUCUCACGAAUCCCCUCCCGCUUACUUACGACGUUUAGCACUUGUUCUACAGCGCUUGUUUGCCGCGAGAAGUGUCAGCGGUCAUGGCUUGGAAGUCGGAGGAAUCAAAAGAAAAGGAUGAUCAUAGGCUAUGCGAAGACUGUCCCUCCGCCGCUACAUCACCAAGCGCUAUGCUUACGUGCGUAGUGCCCUGUCACAAUCAUUUGGGAGAAACAACAACGAAAAAAAAGAGAAGGGGUGCAUGGAAGUCGAAGUGGCUUGCUUGCUUUUGCUUUUGCUUUUCGGCUAAGUACUUACAAAGGAUUAGUUUGACCGGGAGGACUUCCAUUGACCGGCUGGAAGAAUGUUCUGUAGGAUCAGUCAGGGCCGCACGUACUUAAAUUAUAAGAAUUGAAAAAGGUGGCAA